UGUUAAAAUAGUGUUAAACGACAUAGAUCGAUUAUGUCAUCAGUUACAUUUAUGGAAAAGUUGAAUAAUGUAUAGCACUAAUGUAAUGAUCCUUGAAUUAUUCUGUCACCUUAAUAAACUAGCUCUGUGUCGGCUAAAUAAAGUGUAACAGACAUACAAUUUCAGUUUACAAUAGGAACUACGAUAAAUGUGAAUAUGGUGACCACCAUAGAACAAGCUACGCGUCCUUUGAUGCUGACUACCUUCAUUCUCGGUCUAGGCGUCCACACUUCAGCGAAAUUUUAUUUCAGUAUUUUGUACAACGUGACAUUUUGGAGCGCUUACAGUUAUCUUCUCUGUUAUGUGGUGAUCGUACUUAAAGUGGAAAAAUGGUUUCUAGCCACUUCUAGUAUAAUUUAUAAUAUGAUAAGCUCUUUGAUCAGUAUUGUAUCUGUUAUUAUGAGUUUUUAUCAACAUAAGAGAUUACAAAUAUUCGUAAAAAGACUUGCCGCUGUAGAUGAUACGUUGGAAGAAUUAGGUAUUCCUAAAAUAUAUCGAAAGUUAAAUGUAUAUAUAAAGAGAGCAUUGAUUGGAUGGUUGGUGUGUAUCCAACUAGCCAAUAUAAAUGAUAUGAUAUGGUGGUUUCGCACAUUGAAGAAAUAUCGGUACAUGAUUAUACCACACAUCACAAAUUACUACCAACACUUCAACAUACUUUUGGAUUUAGUAUUUUCAAUUUAUCUCUGGUACAUUGGUACAAGAUUUGACAAGUUAAAUAAACAUAUAAGAUAUUUGCUAUUGGGAGAAAAACGUGGUAGAAGUUAUACACGUUUGAAAAAAGCAGUACAACCCAUUCGUCGAUAUAUCAUACGUAAUAAUCAUUACAAGCGCGCGUUGUGGACCACAAUGCAUCUCCAUUUGGAAUUGUGUCAACUUGCUCGUGAAUUAAAUGUAAUAUUUGAAACACAGAUGACUAUGGAAAUGGUAGCUUAUUUCAUAUUCGUGCUAAGAUUAUUUCGUUAUACUUAUAUACAUAUAAUGAGAGAUGACCAAUUCAUAUCAUCAUAUUUGGAUUGGAUAGAUAUUGAUUUUUGGAUGUCUUUAAAUGUGGCCAGACUUUUCUGCUUUAAUUAUGUUUGUGAGGAUGUUAGUAUGAAGUCCAAUGAAAUGAAGAUGAUAAUUCACCAAUUAACUUUUCACUACGCCGACAUUCAUGACGAGAUUUACCAGUUUACCUUGCAAAUGAUACAGCGUCCAUUGAAAUUUUCUGGACUAGGUCUCUUUCAUUUUGGCAAUGGUUUUCUGCGAAAAUUUGUUAUGACAAUUAUGACGUUUGUGCUUCUUGUAAUCCAAAUGCCUGGUGCAUCUAAAGCAUUUAUGGGCUUUUAAGAAUAUGACGAAGUUGAUAUUAUAAGUAUAUAAUAUUGGAUACAAU